GGGGCGGCGAGCCGGGAGCAAGGGACGAGCCGGAGGCCGGCACAGUGGCCGCCUGAGGCUCCGCCGCCGCUGCUACUCCGCGGGUGCUCGGAGGUCGUGCGGGCUCUCCGACAGGCUCGAGCGGGCCAGGACUGCCACGGCAGUGAAGAGACCUUCUCGGCCCUCUUCGCUGGAGUCCUGCUGGAACUAGCGGUAUAGCCUGGGCUUGCAAGAGGCGGAGUGCAGCGACUAGGCACAUCCAACCGGUGGGUGAUCCGAAGGUCUGCUCAGGGAGUUCGAGCCCAGCCUCGGCUACGUCCUGGGGCACCUCCAGCCUUCCAGGCCGGAAGGAGAGUCAGCCCUUCUGCACUACCUUCUGGAACAACCACAAAUCCAAUUUGGGAUUUUUUUUUUCUGAGCAAACCAGAACCUAGAGGUUGCUCCUCUCAUGCUGGAUUUAAUUCGUAUAUAGUUUGAGCGAGUUGGGCCACUCCCAAUUGAUUUUUGAUCUCCGUUUUCGUGACAGUUCCGCACACCUACAUUCUAAUUCUUGUCGCUUUGGUCUGCUGUGCCCGCGUGGCUCCUUGACCCGCAAGUGAAGAGAGGACUUCGACGCGCAGAGCUUGGGGCGAUGUACCAAAGCCUGGCCAUGGCCGCCAACCACGGCCCCCCGCCCGGCGCCUAUGAGGCGGGUGGCCCCGGCGCCUUCAUGCACAGCGCGGGUGCGGCGUCCUCGCCGGUCUACGUACCCACUCCGCGGGUUCCUUCCUCUGUGCUAGGCCUGUCGUACCUGCAGGGAGGAGGAGGGGGAGCCGCGUCCGGAGCCGCCUCGGGUGGCAGCUCCGGGGCCGCACCGUCGGGUGCGGGGCCAGGGACCCAGCAGGGCAGCCCAGGCUGGAGCCAGGCUGGAGCCGAGGGAGCCGCCUACACCCCGCCACCCGUGUCCCCGCGCUUCUCCUUCCCGGGGACCACUGGGUCCUUGGCGGCUGCAGCCGCUGCCGCCGCGGCUCGAGAAGCCGCAGCCUACAGCAGUGGUGGCGGAGCGGCGGGCGCGGGUCUGGCUGGCCGAGAGCAGUAUGGGCGUCCCGGCUUCGCAGGCUCCUACUCUAGCCCCUAUCCGACUUAUAUGGCCGACGUGGGUGCAUCCUGGGCAGCAGCCGCCGCCGCCUCCGCAGGCCCCUUCGACAGCCCAGUCCUGCACAGCCUCCCCGGACGGGCCAACCCUGCCCGACACCCCAAUCUCGUAGAUAUGUUUGAUGACUUCUCGGAAGGCAGAGAGUGUGUCAACUGUGGGGCCAUGUCCACCCCGCUCUGGAGGAGAGAUGGGACAGGACACUACCUGUGCAAUGCCUGUGGCCUCUACCACAAGAUGAACGGCAUCAACCGACCCCUCAUUAAGCCUCAGCGUCGGCUGUCUGCUUCCCGCCGGGUAGGCCUCUCCUGUGCCAACUGCCAGACCACCACCACCACGCUGUGGCGCCGCAAUGCCGAGGGAGAGCCUGUGUGCAAUGCCUGUGGCCUCUACAUGAAGCUCCAUGGGGUACCCAGGCCUCUUGCAAUGCGGAAGGAGGGGAUUCAAACCAGAAAACGAAAACCCAAGAACCUGAAUAAAUCUAAGACAACAGCAGGUCCAUCUGGUGAGAGCCUCCCGCCCACCAGCAGCGCCUCCAGCAACUCCAGCAACGCCACCACCACCAGCAGCAGCAGCAGUGACGAGAUGCGCCCCAUCAAGACAGAGCCUGGGCUGUCCUCUCACUAUGGACACAGCACCUCCAUAUCCCAGGCGUUCUCUGUCAGUACUGUGUCCGGCCAUGGGCCCUCCAUCCAUCCAGUGCUGUCUGCUCUGAAGCUCUCCCCACAAGGCUAUGCAUCUCCGGUCACUCAGACAUCACAGGCCAGCUCCAAGCAGGACUCUUGGAACAGCCUGGUCCUGGCUGACAGUCACGGGGACAUAAUUACCGCGUAAUCAUCCCCUCUCCCUCUUCAAAUUCCUGCUCGGACUUGGGACCUGGGGGCCAGCAAAGUCUGAGGCUGGGGCAUCCUGGCCAGCCCCUUCGUCUGGGAACAACUCCCGAAGAACAACUGGGUAGAACUUGAAGUUGUUGACAAUCGCUUAGGGAUGUGGGUGCUGGGUUUCUUCAAACACCUUUUUCAGGUGGAGCCCUGGGAAGAGCCUGCGACCUUAGAGACAUGCCCACCUUCGCAUGAGCAUGGCCCAAUGAGGCUCUUCCCUGGAGCAGGAGAUCUCUUUCUCUUUCUCCACCUGCUUGUCCAGGACAGAGACCUAAUCUCCUUCACCCCAACUCUCCACCCCAGUGGUUCUAGGUAGUGGGGUUUUUUUCCUUUGUGCUCCUCAGGUGGCUGUAGGGUUCCAGGCUUCAAGACACUGUCUCCAGCCUGUGCAGGGUGUCUACUUGAUGUGGACUGGACGUGGCAGCCCUGCCCUUGUCCAACACUCCCCUUGAGGCAUGGCAUAUCCCUGCAUGCCCCAUACCAGAUCUGACUCCAGAAGCGUGGGUGCAGUGCAGAUGUUACUGAAUGUUCCCUGGGGCAGACGGUGGUGGCGAAGGCACAUCACCCAUCACACAGGGUAUGCGUCAGAUCCCAGUCCAGCUGUCGAGCCUUCCCUUCCCCCUCUCCCAGGAACUCCGGCAUUAAACCCUUGCUCUCCAGCCUGAACAUCUCCUAUCCUCUGCAGAACUAGAGCUCAGUUGUGUAGCAGGCUAGGGCCAUGGGGUGCUGCGCCUAGCAUCCUUUUUCAACCCCUUCACACACAGGGGUUCCACAGAGGAACAAAACCUGCUACGGAAGCAGCUUGGUGACUACACUCAUCUGCCCCUUGGAUCCCUCUGGAGGUUGUGUCUACAGCACAACCCUGUUCCCAGGGCUCCAGCUUGCUUGCUCUGAGCUUGCUCUGAGCCUGCCAGGCCAUGGCCUUUCUCAAGUCAAAUAGUCACCUGGAUCUGGGCCUUUCUCCAGCCCGGGUCCUUUGUCUAAGAAACCCAGAGCGUUUGCAAGACAAAUUCAAAGCAGGAACAACCGAAGGAGAUUUGCAGAAGGACAAAGGUGACAGAUGGAAGAUGGAUGGAAGCCAUCUCAGGGCCAGAUGGGAUUGCCAUGCUUGUAGCUCUCCUAGAAUUGGCCUUCUUCCCCUCCCCCAUUCCUGGGGCCCCCAAAGAUCCUUCCUCGUCCUCAUCACCCACAGAGCUGUAGCCAACUAUGGCAUGAUCCAUUGUACCCCAAACUCCCAGCCCCCACCCCGAAACGUUACUGGCCGUAGCAGAGAAUAGCUUUGAACCAAGAUUGUUGUAAUCCUCCUUUACACCGUUUGCUCCCCGAAGGCUGCCUCCCCCUCCGCAACCUGUUAACAUUGUCUUAAGGUGAAAUGGCUGUAAAAUCAGUAUUUAACUAAUAAAUUUAUCUGUAUUCCUCUU